GGAAGUUUCGAUUCCCGUGUAACACGGCGUAACAGGACUGAUUUCAAAUGACUGAUCUUGAAAUGAAAUAAUUGAAACAUUAUUAAUGGAGGUCUAAAGUCUACCGGUAUAACUAUGACACAAUAUAAUAAAUGUUGAGGAAAUAUUGUUUAGAAGAAAAAUAUUGGUUACCAGAAAACAAAAAAUCAAAAUAAGAAUAAAAAGUGAAAAAGAAAAGUGCUAUGAAAAUGAAGUGGACGACAAUUUGUUGUAUUUUGUGUGUAUUUGGCUGCUUCAAAGAGUUCAGACCUUCAGAGUCUUUCGUAACUGAUUACUUAGUAGGGCCAUGGAAAAAUUUUACAGAUGUUCAAGUGAAUCAAGAAAUAUUUCCUAUUUCCACGUACUCGUAUUUCGCAACGUUAGUCAUUAUAUUUUUAAUAACGGAUUUUGUGCGAUACAAACCUAUCAUCGUACUAUGCGGCAUUUCUGGAGUUGUCACAUUUCUGCUGCUAGUGCUUGGAAAAGAUGUCCUGACUAUGCAGAUAUUAGAAUUCACUUACGGCUUGUUCUUUUCUACAGAGGUGGCUUAUUACACGUAUAUAUAUGCGAAAGUUGACAGAAAGCAUUAUGAGGAAGUAACUGGUUAUACAAAAGCAGCGUGCUUGUUCGGCCGCUGUAUGGCUGGUAUUGUCGCACAAUUAACUGUAUCUUUCGAUAUACUGAAUUAUCAUCAAUUAAACUUCUUUACACUCGGAGCACUGAUAAUUGCCACGGUAUGGACAUUAUUCUUGCCCUCGGUUGGCGGAUCUAUUUAUUUUCACAGAAAUGACGAGGGCACGAAUAGCAUUUCUUCAACAUUCGUCCUGCAGCAAACUGAUUUAAAGAAUGAAAUAAUGUACAAACCCGAACAACGCACUCAACACACGUUACCUAAAGUCGAUGUCACAUUAGUUCAUAAAAUAAAAAAUGCUUAUAUUUUGUUAUGGAAGGACUUCUUACACGCAUACUCAAAUGGUCAUGUUCUGAAAUGGUCCAUAUGGUUCUCAUUCUCGACUUGUGGAUAUUUACAAGUAAUUAGUUAUAUACAAUUACUGUGGCAAAAACCAGUAUUACCAGGAGAUGAGAUUUACAAUGGUGCUGUAGAUGCGUUAUAUACAAUAAUAGGUGCAAGCACUGUUUUCUUUAUUGGGAAAAUGCCAUUUAAUUGGUCAUUAAUUGGAGAUAUAACAGUGUCACUUAUGUCACUUGUGGAAGGUGCUUUGUUACUGACUGGUUCCUAUAGUAGUAACAUUUGGCUGAUGUACGCUGUGUACAUAGUGUUUGGAAUUAUUUAUCACACAAUGAUCACUGUUGCAAGUUUUGAAAUUGCGAAGUACGUGUCAGAUGAUAGUUAUGGAUUGAUAUUCGGUGUAAAUACCUUUUUCGCACUGUUACUGCAAAGCGUAUUAACGGCUAUAGUAUUGAAUGGCAACUUAAAUUUAGAUGUGAGAUCUCAGUAUUUUGUCUAUGGUAGUUAUUUCAUUGUGCUAGCUGCACUCUAUACGGUAAUAGGCAUUGUAAAUAUCGUGCGGCAUUGCAAGAGUGGAACAAGGUUCCAAGUAUGGAUAAAAGAUGAAAGUAACAAUAGUUGAUGCUGUGAUAUUUAGUAAUGAAAUUCGUUCAUUUCAAGAGUACAAUUGUAAUGUUAAUACAAUAAUUAAAGUUAACGAUUUUUAGAAAACUUAGUACAUUUUAGACUGACCUCAAUAUUUGCAAAUCCACUGAUAUCGCAAAUAUACAUAUCCAUGUUCAUAAAAUGCAUAAACGAAGUAUUGAAUAUUUUGAAUAGAUACUCUUAUUGCGUAGUAAUGAAGUUUUAUGUAUUUAAUGGAAUUUAUGUAUCAUUUUUAGGUACUAUGUUACAAAUUUAAGUAUUGUCUAUUUCUAGACAGAAUCAUGUUACGCUCAAAGAAUACAUAAUAAAGUUUCAUAUUUUAAAAAUAA